AUGGUGGUCCCGCAGGUCCCUGGGGGACCCUGGAUGGCAGCUCUGAUGAUGUCCUUGGUGAUGCUGAGCUCCCCUUUGGCUCAGGGCAGAGACUCCCCAGGACGUUAUGUUCACCAGAGGAGGAGCGACUGCUGUGCGUUCAAUGGGAUGCACUGCUUCUCAGAGCGACACAUUUACAACAGAGAUGUGUGCAUCCAGUUUGACAGAGCCGUGGGGGUGUCUGUGGCUGUGACUGAGCUCGGGCGCACAACUGCCAGGAAUUGGAACCUCCGGGAGUUCCUGGAGCUGAGGAAGAGCGCCGUGGACACAGUGUGCAGACACAACUUCGAGCUGGACGAGGGUUUCACCCUGACGUGCAGAGUCCAGUCUAAAGUGAAUGUGUCCCCCUCUAAGAAGGCGCCCCUACAGCACCCCAACCUGCUUGUCUGCCACGUGAUGGAUUUCUAUCCUGGGAUCAUUCAAGUCCACUGGUUCCUAAAUGGACAGGAGGAAACAGCUGGGGUUGUGACCACCAACCCGAUCCAUAAUGGAGACUGGACCUUCCAGAUCCUGGUGAUGCUGGAGAUGACCCCACAGAGGGGAGACGUCUACACCUGCCUAGUGGAGCACACCAGCUUGGACAGACGUGUCACUGUGCAGUGGAGGGCUCAGUCAGAUUCUGCCCGGAGCAAGAUGCUGACGGGAAUCGGGGGCUCAGUGCUGGGGCUCAUCACCUUCAUGGUGAGUUUCAUUCUCCAUGUCAGAGGCCGGCAAGCCUCGGAACAAGCGUUCCUGGUCCUUCUGCUGCCCAGCAACCUCCUACCUCCAAAAAGGGCAUUAUGA